AUGUAUUAUUUGCCUAGUUUUCAAGAAAUUAUCAAGAAAACAUCAGUAUAUAGUCAUACAUUAGUUCAUCACUUAAUGGAUCUGGAAGCUCAAAAAGGGGACAGAGAAGAUGAUGAGGACAAGAAAGUGGUUGCAGAGAUCAUGGCAAGAUGUUUUAUUCCACCUCUAGUAACAGCCACCCCCUGGGAAGAAUUUCAUUUUGUUGGUCAUGAGAUUCGAAUAACUGAAGCUAUGGAUUGUUAUGGUGCUGUUGUUUGGCCAUCGGCCCUUGUUCUAUGCUAUUUUCUGGAAACGAAUAUAAAACAGUAUAAUAUGAUUGACAAAAAUGUGAUUGAAAUUGGAGCUGGAACAGGGCUAGUCUCCAUUGUGGCAAGUUUGCUUGGUGCAUAUGUGACUGCCACAGAUUUACCUGAAUUACUUGGAAACCUGCAAUAUAAUAUUUCCCGAAACACCAAAAUGAAAUGCAAGCAUUUGCCUCAGGUUAAAGAACUCUCCUGGGGCAUAGCUUUAGACAAGAACUUCCCUAGGUCUUCCAACAAUUUUGACUACAUUCUGGCUGCUGAUGUUGUCUAUGCUCAUCCUUUCCUGGAAGAACUUCUCAUUACCUUUGACCAUCUGUGCAAAGAAACUACCAUCAUCCUCUGGGUUAUGAAAUUCAGGUUAGAGAAAGAAAAUAAAUUUGUAGAUAGAUUUAAGGAGUUGUUUGACCUGGAGGAGAUUUCUAGUUUACCUAGCCUGAAUAUUAAAUUGUAUAAAGCUAUGAAAAAAAAUCGAAGGAGUGCAUGAUAUCCUCAAAGGCAAACUUGGAAAGCAAAGGCAAUUAUUAGUAGAUUACAACUUCAGAGAAGACCAUGGAUAAUCUGAUAUAGCAUUGACUUUCAAGGGGGAACACACACACACACACACACACACACACACACACACACUUUUGCUACCCCACUGUUAGGGGUGUUCUGAGAUAGAGCAUAUAGGUCUGGAGGAUGACAGAACCAUACUAUGUGGUUAUUGGUUAGAAAAAUGUAUGCUUUCCUUAUCCCUCCCUCCAUAUCACCAUUUAUUAUUGUGGUCAUUUUAAUACAUAGUACAAUUAUUACUUUUAAUGUAUGACUAUAGAAUAGUGGUUUUUAAU